AGCAAGCGGGAAGUUACUUAGCACGGUUCCGGGUUUCCUUGUGCCCCGCCCGCUCGCCCUACCACAGCUAGAAGCUUUAGUCCCUGGGUCGGUGUGUCCUGCAGGGAGCAAUCCCUGUCCAUCGGUCUGCGCUCUGCCCGCCCGCCGCGCAUCUGUCCUUCUCUCCUGACUCCGCCCCGCAUCUGUCUGGAACCUCCUCGCGUCUGAGCUGACCCAGUGCGCGUCUGCCAGUCAGUCCCUCCGGACCCGCCGCGAGUCUCAGGCUGCCGAAAUCUCUGCGCGUCACUCGCCUCAACAGUGAUUCUGAGUCUGCUUUUAGCUUCCUUCGCCUUGGCUUUUUUUCUGUUUGUGAACAGCUGCUUGGCCCAUAGCUUAGAGAAAGCAACCUCUUUUUCUCUCCCAAGAAAGCCUCCUCCCUGUGCUCAGAGAGAUGGGGAGUGGGGAGCCUAAUCCUGCCGGCAAGAAAAAGAAGUACCUAAAGGCCGCCCUGUAUGUGGGUGACUUGGACCCAGAUGUCACCGAGGACAUGUUAUAUAAAAAGUUCAGGCCUGCUGGCCCUCUUCGCUUCACCCGAAUCUGCCGCGACCCGGUGACCCGCAGCCCCCUGGGCUAUGGCUAUGUUAACUUCCGCUUUCCUGCGGAUGCUGAGUGGGCCUUGAACACCAUGAAUUUUGAUUUGAUUAACGGCAAACCUUUCCGCCUAAUGUGGUCUCAGCCAGAUGACCGCUUAAGAAAGUCUGGAGUUGGAAAUAUAUUCAUCAAAAACCUGGACAAAUCCAUAGACAAUAGGGCCCUUUUUUAUCUGUUUUCUGCUUUUGGGAGCAUUCUCUCCUGCAAGGUAGUAUGCGAUGACAACGGCUCUAAGGGUUAUGCCUAUGUGCACUUUGACAGCCUGGCUGCUGCCAAUAGGGCCAUCUGGCACAUGAAUGGAGUGCGGCUCAACAACCGCCAGGUGUACGUUGGCCGAUUCAAAUUUCCGGAAGCGCGGGCAGCUGAAGUUAGAACUAGGGAUAGAGCGACUUUCACCAAUGUUUUCGUUAAAAACUUUGGAGAUGACAUGGAUGACGACAAACUGAAGGAACUUUUCAGUGAAUACGGGCCAACUGAGAGUGUUAAGGUAAUAAGAGAUGCCAGUGGGAAAUCGAAAGGCUUUGGAUUUGUGAGAUACGAGACACACGAGGCUGCCCAAAAGGCUGUGUUAGACCUGCAUGGAAAGUCCAUCGAUGGGAAAGUCCUCUAUGUAGGGCGAGCACAGAAGAAAAUUGAACGCCUGGCUGAGUUAAGGCGAAGAUUUGAGCGGCUGAGAUUAAAAGAAAAAAGUCGGCCUCCAGGGGUGCCUAUCUAUAUUAAGAACCUAGACGAGACCAUUGAUGAUGAAAAACUGAAGGAGGAAUUUUCUUCCUUUGGAUCAAUUAGCCGGGCCAAAGUGAUGGUGGAAGUGGGGCAAGGCAAAGGGUUUGGUGUUGUCUGCUUCUCCUCUUUUGAAGAGGCUACCAAAGCAGUAGAUGAGAUGAAUGGUCGCAUAGUGGGCUCCAAGCCUCUGCAUGUCACGCUGGGCCAGGCCAGGCGCAGGUGGUGAGAAUAAGAAUGCUCAAUUUGUUUCAGCCUUAAGCUGGUGCCUACUUAGUUUGGGCUACUUUGUGAUAAGAGGUUAUUUUAUGUGAAUUCACAGCUUUUUUUAAGUGAAUACUUUCUUUUG